AACGCUACAGCUGAGCCUGGACGCGAAAAAUGGUUUAUGCCUUUCAUCAUUUUGCUGGCGAUCCUGUUGGCGGCCGCUAUUGUUGCCCUCUGUGUGCACUGCCUUAACGUCCGUUCUUUGCGCAAGAGAGAGGCGAUUAAGGCGCAACAAGCGGCACCCGAGAUUUUUCAUAGUUCAGACACCGAGGCCCCAACCCCCAGGGAGAGGAGAGGCAUCUGGGAACCUGCGUGA